AUGGCUGCUGUGCGUGAGGAGCAGCAGCACCAGACCGAGAUCCUGGAGGGUUUGCCAGUGUCUGGCACCCUGUCGUACCCCUUAAGCUGUGCCGAGGUCUCGAAGACCACUAAACUCUGGAUCCGUGUGCCUGAGUACAGUGAGGAUCCCUUUGAGGUGGCCUGUGAUCAGCGGAAUCACGGUGGUGGCUGGACGAUCGUCCUGCGAAGGAACGAUGGAAGCGAGGACUUCUACCGAGGAUGGGAUGAUUACAAGCAAGGAUUUGGUCAACUGGGCAAUGAAUUCUUCCUGGGACUGGACAUAAUUCAUGCAAUGACUGCAUCAGAGCCACAGGAGAUGCUGGUCCUUCUGGAGGAUCAUGAGGGAGUGAAAGCUUAUGAGUUGUACGAUGACUUUAGAGUCGGAUCGGAGGGUAGCAAUUACACCCUGGAAUCGUUGGGUUUCGCCUCUGGGGAUGCUGGUGAUUCACUCAGAUAUCAACUUGGAAUGAUUUUCAGUACAAAGGAUCGGAAGAAUGACUUGAGAACCGAUGGACAAGAAUGCGCAAUAAUGAGUACAGGUGCCUGGUGGUAUGCUGAAUGCCGUAAUAGCAACCUGUGUGGCACAUAUGGAGAUAAUGAAUUUGGAAAGGGAGUAGCCUGGAAAGCUUUCAGGGGUCUGGAAUAUUCACUUAAGCGAGCCGUAAUGAUGAUCAGACCAAAACUUCGGCUUUGA